AUGUCGCAAAUAAACGAGCACCAGCAGUCGAAGCUGCUGCAUCUGCAGACCAAAACCGGGUCGCUCGCGCAGAUCUGGCUCGCGUCGACUAUGACGAACCUUAACCGUACAUACCUGAGGACAGACAUUGUGCAAUCUGUGGAGGAGAUCUCGAAAGCGACCACGCGGGAGGGGGGCGAUGACGGGGGCGAUCCAAUCACGCUACGGGUCUCCGGCGAGCUGCUGCACGGGGUCGUGCGCGUGUAUUCGCAGAAGGCCAACUUUCUGCUGACAGAUGUUUCUGAUCUGCUACACCGACUUAAGUCUGUUUUCAGGGGGAACAUGUCAAGAACUACCGCAGUACGGGUUGACACGGUCGCGCGGCUCGAUCAGGUGGUGUUGGCCGAUACCGUGACGGAAAUGGAUGUCCUGGCCAUGCCCGAGAUAGAUUUCCUCGACACAACGUCCUCCUCGAAGGGCCUGAUGCGGCGAGAGCGCUCAAUGGAGAGGCACGUACAGGGCGCGAACACGGUCACAGACCCAUGGGACAUGUCUUUGGAAGUGGGGAGAAGAUACGCCCCUGACGACGACCUGGAGCAACAGACGUCGCUACUGGACCUCAACUUUGAACUCAGUGACAUGCAGAACUCCAAAUCUUGGGGUGAAGGGACGCACAAUUCCGAAGAGAUCAGUGCCAAUGUGCUUGCAGAGUCGCAACGCCAGGAGCUGCCCGGGAACGAGGGCAUUGAGCGUGAAGAGGAUCUUGAUUGGAAUCUGGGAUUCACGGAACCAGCAAUUGUAGUCCCUUCAAGCGAUUUUGAACACGAUAACAGCAUAGAAGUGGGCCGGAGAGCAGUCCCGAAUGCGGACCUUCAGGAAACUGUGGAUUUGGGAUUCGACUUGGAUAUUGCCAAGGGUGACAUUGAGGCUACAGCCGGCGAGCAAGAUGCUGGGCAGUUGCAAUCUGAGCUUUCGGGAAGUAUAAGUACGUCUUCUGGAACAACUGUCAGCAGCCAAAGACGAGGACAGGCAGCACUGGUAAAUGCGAAAGUCCUACAAGUCGACCACCAACCGGAAUUACAUGACAGGCUGCUCAGAGAUACCCCCCAAACAGCUGCAUCCGUGGACAUGACCGCCAUCCCACUCCCAAGUCCUCCAAAGAAGCGGGCAUACUCGGAGCUCGCGUCAACAAUGGACUUCCUACCAGAGUUUGCCUUGGACCAUUUCACUGCCUUCGUUUCUCAAAAGCGGAGGCACGCAGAAAGUCCCGCGGCCAGAACUAUCGCACAUGAAGUUUCAUCAGCAGAAAGCGUCGAUGAGACGCACAUAGACAUUUCUCUUGAUCUUAAUGACGACCUCUUGCGCAGCGAUGCAAUUGAGGCCGGUACUGAGGAAGAGAUUGAAGGCGAAGAUGCUAUUUUGGAUGUUCCAAGCUCACCACGGGCGCAAACAGCUAGCGCUUCGCCUGAUCUACAUGAGUACUCACAUAUAUCCACGGAAGAUGUCGGCUUCUCUCUGCCGCGGAGGGAAGUUGAAGUGACUACGGGUGACCAUGUUGCUAAAUCAACUGUCGACAUGGCGAAUACAAUCAGAUCGGAGCUCAUGGACGUGGAAAGUACAACGUUCUCUCAUCUACUAAAAUCCAAGUACGGUGAGGAGUCUGGGGCGAUAACAAAAAGUCAGGCAAGUAAAGCAUUCUUCGAAAUGCUAGUGCUAGCCACUGCAGACUGCGUAGACCUCAGCCAGCAGGCGAGCACAGGAGACAUAACCAUCACAGGUAAGGGGGCACUGUAUGAAAAGUUUAUAGACAUCUAG